UCCCUUUGGUAGGCGGAGAAACCAGGGCAACUACAAAUACAGAGCGAAGCCUCCCUGUAACAAGAUUAGAAGAGGCCACAGGAUUAACCACUGGAAAGGGGGAGAAAACAAACCCGGACGGUAUACGUUGCUUUUUAACAGAUCUAAAGUAAAUCAGAUUCUUCACCAUGAAUAAGGACACGGAGAUCGACAUGAAGGAAGUGGAGCUCAAUGUGCUGGACCCUGAGAAGGAGCCCAUGACGGGCGAUGGCCAGACUGCAGGCGGAGAGAAAAAUGGCAGCGUCAAGCUAAAGGUUCCGGAGGACGAGGUGACAUUCACCGGUCUGUCCAAAGAGGAGCUGAUGAGGGUUGCUGGCACUCCAGGAUGGGUGCGAACCCGUUGGGUGCUUCUUGUCCUGUUUUGGUUGGGCUGGGUAGGCAUGCUGGCCGGAGCCAUAGUGAUCAUAGUCCAGGCCCCUCGCUGUAAACCCAUCCCUGAGAUGAACUGGUGGAACGAAGGAUCUCUGUACCAAAUCUCUGACCUGGAUUCUUUCUCUGAGGGACUGGAAGGUGUUGAGGCAAAAUUGGACGAAAUCAACAAGUUAAAGGUGAAAGGCCUGGUUCUCGGCCCGCUCCACAACGUCCAGGCCGACCAACCGGACACCCUGAAUCUUAAAGAUUUCAACCCGACCCUGGGAACUGAGAAAGCCUUGGUGGCUGUGAUGGAAAAAGCCCACAAGAAGGGCAUUUCUGUGGUGCUUGACCUGACUCCAAACUACCUGGGAGCCGCUCCCUGGUUCAGCACUGGGGAUGUGAAUGAUGUGUUAGAGAAAGUCAAGGAUGCAGCAGAGUACUGGCUGAACUUGGAUGUCGAUGGCAUCAAGCUACCUGCCCUCCCUGUAGCCACCAGCUCUGUUGAGUGGUCAAUGCUGCAGGCUGCCGUCCAUGGCAACCACACCAAAAAAAAGUUGCUGAUGGGUGUGGUUGAAGGGAUUUCGGCUGCAGCGGUGUCUCAGCUCGCCAAUACCACAGGUGUAGAUCUGGUCCUGUCUGACCUGCUCAGCAACAGCAGGGGAGGUGUGGCGCGCAUCCAGGCCAUGGACACCCUUCACUCUCAGCAGAGAAAUGUGGCCUGGGGUUUCGGUGCGGCCCAAAAGGACCAGCUGUCGAAGCUAGCAACGACUCCGGGCCUGAUCCGCCUCUACCAGCUCCUGCUGUUAACCAUGCCUGGAACCCCAGUCUUUACCUACGGAGAUGAGAUCGGCCUUCAGGCAGUCGGUUCAGCAUCUCCUAAGAUGGUUUGGGACAUAGAGAAGGAGCCUGCUGAAGGUUCUGCUAAUGAGACGGCCGAGGCUGAGCGGAAGGAGCGCGUUGCUGUAAAGAAGUGGUUCAAAUCCCUCAGCGAUCUGCGAGUCAAAGAGCGCUCUCUCCUCUACGGCGACUACUACCCUCUCUUCUCCUCCGCCUCCUCGCUCUCUUUCCUCCGUCUGUGGGACCAGAGCGAUAGAUACAUAACGGCCGUCAACUGGGGAGCAGCAGCUGAGACGCUCUCACUCAAACUGGCACCUACAGAAGGAGUGGAGUUGCCAGAGAAAGCCACGGUAAGGCUGUCGACUGACCCAGAGCAGCUGGAGGUUGACUCCACCGUCAGCCUGGACCAAGUCACCCUAGAACCCGGACAAGGCGUCCUGCUGCAGUUCCCCUACACAGGCUAAAGGGGGAGCCAAACUAUAGGAACCUACACAUUAGAAGUGUUUUUAAAAAGAAAUUAAAGUCAGUCCAAUCCUUUAGGAAUAAGAUGGCACAUUCAAAAGAUACAGGAUCUUCCUUUUUUUUAAUAAAUAGGACAUUCUAUCAGAUUAUUUAGUUGGAACAUAAAUUAAUUCGGUCAAAGGAAAUCUGCCAUACAAAUAGAGAAUGUUGGCUAGUACAAACUUUGUUCAAUUCAGAUUUAUUAUUAUUUUUUUUUAAUAACGUUUAUAAAAUGUUUUUAGUUAGACUUUUUGUCAUUGUUGUGUGCUAGGAAAAGAUGCAGCCACCUCAGACAUGCACUCACCAAUUGAGCAUUUUGUUCUUUUGUGAAUUUUUAUUGUUGACCAUUGUCCAAAUAUGUGAAAGACAUUCCAUUUUUGUUCUUUGGGCAUUUCUUUAGCAGUCCUUUUUUUUGUUUUUUUAGAAAUUGUUUUAGUGACAGUUUUACUUUCUUUCAUGAGCCUGUUUGUGCUCACUGAAAGGCAUUCCUCACAGAAAAAAAACAAGUUAAGUUUGAACAUGUAUGGUGACUCGAUUGGAAGUCUUUUUCAGAGUGCUAGUAAACAAAAUGGUUGGGAAUGCCAUGAAGUCUGUCAAAUGAACAGAAUUGGAAAUGAAUAAACAACGUUCUGUACCGAC